AUGGGGAAGGGCUUGGACUUUGAGUUUACAACUGAGACCAACAAGUUAUCUUCAGAAAAAAGCAGUUAUGAAGUAAAUUCAUACCAUCGGGAGACAAUGAAAAGAAGUAAAACCUUCAGCCUUCUGAGGUUUAUUUUCAGAAAUGACCCACAGUGCAGAAUUGAAUUUGGGAGAGAACAGGGACCCAACAUGGGAUGUUUUAGUCCAAACACUUAUAAAUCUCUUGCUCUACGUCAGAGAAUUCACACUAGAGAGAAAUCCUAUGGCUGUAAGGAAUGUGGGAAGGGCUUCAGAAAAUAUUCAUACUUUAUGGAACAUUUGAGAGAUCAUAAUGGUGUGAGACCCUAUGAAUGUAAGGAAUGUGGAAAGGCCUUUAUAGUUCUCCAACAUUUUAUGAGACAUAAAAAAAUGCACAGUGAUUUGAAACCCUAUGGAUGUAAUGGAUGUGAGAAGGCCUUUAGGUUUUAUUCACAGCUUAUUCAACACCAGAUAAUUCAUACUGGUGAAAAACCUUAUGAAUGUAAGCAAUGUGGGAAGUCUUGUAGACGUGAUUCUCACCUUACCGAACAUCAGAAAAUUCAUAUUGGCUUGAAACCCUAUGAAUGUAAUGAAUGUGGGGAAACUUUUAGAUUGUACCGACAUAAGUGCCUGCAUCAGAAAAUUCAUCGUGGUGUGAAACCCUAUAUAUGCAAGGGAUGUGGGAAGGCUUUUGGUCAUCGCUCAAGUCUUUAUCAACAUAAGAAAAUUCAUUCCAGUGAGAAACCAUAUAAAUGUAAACAAUGUGGUAAGGCCUUUGUGCGCAGCUAUCUACUUACUGAACAUCAGAGAACUCAUACUGGCGAGAAGCCUCAUGAAUGUAAGGAAUGUGGAAAGGCCUUUAGUAGGGGCUCAAGCCUUCCUAAACAUGAGAGAAUUCAUAGUAGUGAGAAACUCAACGACUGUAAGGAAUGCGGGAAGGUCUGCAGGGGCUCUCAACUUACACAGCAUCAAAGAGUUCAUACUGGUGAGAAGCCACAUGAAUGCAGAGAACGUGGGAAGACAUUCAAGCUUCAUUCAUACCUUAUUCAACACCAGAUCAUUCAUACUGAUGUGAAACCCUAUGAAUGUAAGGAAUGUGGCAAAGCCUUCAGUCGUGUUGGAGACCUUAAAACACAGCAGUCAAUUCAUGCAGGGGAGAAACCCUGUGAAGGUAAGGAAUGUGAAACCUUUAGACUUAAUUCUCAACUGAUUUAUCACCAGACAGUUCAUACUGGUUUGAAACCAUAUGUAUGUAAAGAAUGUAAGAAGGCCUUUCGUUCUAUCUCAGGUCUUUCUCAGCAUAAGAGAAUUCAUACUGGUGAAAAACCCUGUGAGUGUAAAGAAUGUGGGAAGGCCUUUAAUCGUAGUGACCGACUGACUCAACAUCCGAGAAUUCAUACUGGUGUGAAACCACACAAAUGUGACUGCGGAAAGGCCUUUACUCGUUGCUAUCAACAUACCCAACACCAAAGAUUUCACAGGGGUGAGAAGCUCCUGACGUAAUGAGAGUUGGUAAGCAUUUAGCCAGGGCACACCCUCUACCAUUAUUACUAUUCCACCACCUAGUGAUGUAAUGGUAACGAUUAUUUAACAUAAAAAUAUAAAUGCUUAGAGAGGCAUAUGGCACAUAGUCUUUGGUUACUACGUAUUGUGGCUUUUAAAUGAUAAUCACUAACAUCACUAUAUAUAAAUUCAUGUGGAAGGAAGACUCUAUAAGCACAUUUCUUAAAUGUGUCAGCACUCAUUCAUAUUCUCUUCAGAUAAUUCAUUCUGGAUAAAAUCCCAUAGAAUAUUUUAAACAAGACCCUUUUUUAUUCAAAGCUCAACCCCUUGAAGAUUAAUAAGAAGAAGAAACCCUGUGCCUUUAUUGAAUAUUGAGAAUUUAGGUAUUGAAAAAUUGGAAACUUUCUUACCAUAAAUUCUGUAAUACAGGUAAUGUACAAUCCACAUUCCCUACAAUUGAAAUAAAUUAAAAACUGACAAUUUGGUAGCCAAA